AGCACACCACACACGGCCAACGAUGGCAGCCACGUACCGGUACGCCGACGCCCCGGAGCUGCAGGACUUGGAGGCCUUCGACACAUGGUCCGCGAGCUUUCUCGAGUCGGCGCCAGAGCUGAUGCACUACUACCUCACCCGCGGGCACGACGACCCGGCGGUGGCCCUGACCGACGACCAGCAGGCGGACGCCGCAGCCGAGGUCCCGGCGGGCAGCAGCGUCAAGGGGCGCAUCUUCGCGUCCAUACGGCUUAUCAUGAGCCUGCCCAAGGCCGUGCAGCGCGUCCUGCGCGGUGACGGCCUCGACGUGUUGGACCCAUUCAACCUGUGGCAAAAGCUGCUCGGGCUGACUGCGACGUCGCCGUUGCAGCUCUGUGAGGCCUUCCACGCGCUCGUGGGUUCGACGGCGACGGCAUCGGUACCGGCUCCCGACGCCUUCGACACGGCCGUCGGCGCGGUUCUGGAUGGCCUCUUGGCCAUUGACGCCGCCACGCCUUUGACGCCCGAGGCGUAUCGCGCUGGCAUCGCUGUCAAGCUCAAGACCCUCCUUUUCGCGCACCCGGCCCGCAUGCGCAACCGUGAAGACAUGCAAGCGGCGGUGAAUGCGUGGGACUACCACGGGCUCUUGCAGCUCGCGCGGGAAGAGCUUCCGCCGGACGUCGUGGCGCCGCGGCCCGUGGCGAGAGCAAGCGGCUCGGCGCGGUCUCAUACGCACAUGCUCUUUCGCCAGCCGCCACCACCGCGGGACCCGACGGAAAUCGCGCUCUUGGCGCCGCCGAGCGUCUUGCGACCUGUCCGUCUCGCUUGUGGGAUUCUGGACGACGACAACACGAGCGACUCGGAAUCGCCGCCGCCGUCGCCAACGGUCGGCAAAGCUGCAGCGCGUCGACGGCCAGCGCCACUGCAAGCGCCAAGCAACGCGUCGGCCCCCGCCCGGCAACCCCGCUUGACGACCUACGGGCAGCAAACCGCUCGGGACAUGGCGCGCCUCGCAGAGCAGCACAAGACGUUGACGAAGAAGAAAGCGGAGACCACGGCGGGGUCCUUGCCGGCAAAGCGACGCGCGUCCAGCAGUGCGCCGAGUCCGCCGCCCGCCAAGCGCUCCGUCCCUCGGGUGUAG